GGUUCUCUACUCCACGCCAAGUGGCUCAGUGCAAAUCGAUAGGGGAGCGUGCGCUGUCUCCGAGGGUCUCUUUUUCCUGUCCUCCAACAAAAGGCUUGCAAUAACGAGAGAGAGAGCACUAGAAGGAUCGCACCCACCGAUCCAGUCUUUCUCCGGAGCUUCCACCGUCAACAUAUUUGAGUUUUUUGUGUGUCGCUGGUGUGUGCAGUGCCGCUGUUGGGCGAUCAAGUGGCGUUUCAAAGUUUCAAUCGGUGCUGUUAGUCCGCAAUAUCAUGGCGACAGACGGCCGUUUUAAGAACGGCGACGCGGUGCACGUCGACAGUGCAGAGCCUGUACAGAAGAGGAUCGUCAGUACCAGCAACUGCGGAAAUUUGACUGUCCAUAUCCAAGGAUCGCUGCAACAUGUCAACUCCAAGCCCGUUUUCCUGACUGUUCACGAUAUGGGAUCGAAUCAUGCCGAGUUCUGCAAGUUUGUCGAUCAUCCGUCAAUGGCUGACAUCAAGGAGCGAUCCACCUUCGUUCACGUCGUCUUACCCGGUCAGGAGGACCAUGCACUAGACCUGCCUGAAGAUUUCCAGUUUCCCGAUAUGAGGACUAUCGCCCACGGAUUGGUCGAUGUCCUAGACUCGCUGUCUAUCCCUUAUGUCAUCGGACUUGGAGAAGGAGCCGGCGCUAAUAUUUUGGCUCGAUUUGGCAUGAAUCACCCUCAACGCGCCCUUGGAUUAAUUCUGAUCCACUGCACGUCUACCGUCGCAGGCGUAAUGGAGUACUUUCGAGAUAAGCUGAUCAACUGGAAGCUGACGAACGUCGGGAUGAAUCCAACCGCCGAGCAGUAUUUGGUCUUUCACAAAUUUGGCCGUUCGUUGGAAGAGCAAUUGGAACGGUCGGAGAACAAAGAAAAGGUUAUCAUGGAGUACCAGCACAAGUUGCGCAGUACGAUCAACCCAAAGAAUCUGCGUCGCUAUGUGGAGACCUUUCUCAAUCGGACGGAUUUAAGCGAAGUGCUCGAGUCGCAGCUCAAGACUGACGUCAUGCUGGUGGCCGGAAGCUUGGCUUCUCAUUUACACACAGUGCGCACCAUGGCCAAUCACAUGAACAAGACAAAAUCGACGCUCGUCUUAAUUGACGGCGUAGGCGACGUUCUCAUGGAAGCUCCGGAGAAGUUUGCGCACAACUUGGUUCUCUAUGUCCAGGGGCUUGGAAAGUUGAGCUCCCUUUCGGUAACUGGAAGUUGGAGCUCUCGCAGUCGCACCACAUCGCAAAGCUCGGACGCCCAAGACUUGGAGGCUGGUCGCAGACGAUCUCGUGCCAUGUCCAUGGAGGAAUAUGAUAUCCCCAACGUACGACGUCUUAGUCUGGCCAAAAAGGAUUGAUAACUA